AUGGAGGUUCAGUCUGCGAAGUUCGAGCUUAAUACUUUGAAGAUCAAAGGUCUAACGAUAAUAAAAGAUUUAACAUGUAACUGGCAACGGAACGUCACUGAAGAUCUCUUGAGUUUUGCGGAUAAAUUAUUAAAAAAGUUGGAAAAUACGUAUUUCAAAAAAGCAGUACAAAAGGAGUUAGGUGCAAAUGUAUGGUUCAAUGUACAAUAUGCUGUUUUAAACUACGCUGUUUCGGAACAAGAAUAUAUUUUACAGUUGGAAGAGGUUUUAAGGGGUGUUAAUACGUCACUCAAAGACUUCGAACUGUUGACAUUAAUGAAAAUUAAAGGUAAUGAGGAAUUUCAUGGGAAUGAACUUGAAACUCAAGCACGUGCAAAAGAAAGACUUCAGAUUACCCGUGAAGUUACAGAACAUCAUAUGACCAGAACAUUAAUCGAAAAUAUACGCAACGCAGAUGUGAAAGAAGUUACUGCCUCUGCCGGUUUGAAGCGUAAGUCUUCCUAUCCACAUGAAGACGAAAGAAAAAAAACUAUAGCUAUGGAUAACAGUGAUAAUCCUGAAGAUACAUUUUUUUCUG